CUCCCCUAAGCCCCGCCCUUCCGGCGCAGCCCGCCGCUCCGCGCGGCCGUUAGAGCUGAGGGCGGGCUGUUGGCGGGCGGCUGCGCCAUGGGCAGCGCUGAGGGCACAGAUUGGGUCGACGUUGCCAAUGAUCUUUUAAGGAGCUGUCACGUAAACCAGCAUAUAAAGCAUCUCUCAGAGUGCGGAGCUGAUGUAUUUGUUUGUCUUUAUGAGUCGAUCCUAGGAGAAAAGGUACCAGAUUUCAUAGCUACUCCUAGAAGCCAAGAGGACGAUGCACAUAAUGUACAAGCUGUAAUAGAUUCUCUGGCAUUGGACUACCUGCAGGUCAGCUUGUCACACAUCACUGGUGAGAACAUUGUGAAAGGAGAAAGGGAGUCUAUCAGAAACCUCCUUGAAAUAUUUGAUGGUUUGUUGGAGUAUCUUACAGAAGAAUUCAGUGAAUCCUCUUCUCAAAAUGGAGAUGAGACUGUACUGCCCAAUAGCAAAAUUCAAAUUGUGUCUCCAGAGCAGCUGGAAAGCAAUGCUGGUCAACUUAUGCCAUCUUUGAAACUUUCAUCAGUUGACAGGUCUCAGUCAGAAUGCUUUGUCCCAUUGUGUGAUGUAGAUGGUUCAGAAUCUACCAGUGAAUUAAUUCGACUUGGAGAUACAGCUCAUCUGGACUCGGAGAGAGGGGAAGGAUCCUUGGAGUCCAUUCACAGCACUGAACUGCCAAAAGAGCAUUUCAGUUCCAGUGCUCAAAGACUCAGGGAGCCAAUAUGCCAGGCUGUUCCUUUGCUACCACCAUUUCAGCCUGCUGAAGCCAGGUCCUGUGAUCCUGUACACAGAGAUCACCAGAGCUUGGACAGUCAGUCAGCGGCUUUGGUUAACAGUCAAGAACUGGAAUCUCCUACUCUUGAAAUGUCACUUACACAAAAACCUGAAGAUAUUUCAGGUGCUCUUCUGUCAGGAAAGAUCCCUGCAGGAGACAAGACCGUCUCGAAUGAUGCUGAGGACAAUGUGAAGGUUCCUUGGGUAUAUGGGACUUCUACAUCUGCUUCUCACUUAGAUCAAAAAUUCUCCUUACACAAGGAGAUACAAAUAACACAACAUCCAAGCCCUGAAUCAAGACAUCUGCCUAGAAAGAAGAGAUAUGAAAAUUCUACCAUAGAUUCACUUGAAGUUCCUCUUUCCCACAGAACAACAAAGGAAAACCUGUCUAAGCAAGAGCUGCAUCAAGUAUCACAAAAACUUUCUCGCAGGUUAAAUGAACUAGAUUCAAUGUUAAAGAGAGCUUUGGGUGGGCGUACCAGAGAGGAGGUGACAGAUGAAGACAACCUGUCUCAGCACAGUGACAGUGUCAUGGAUUACCGCCGAAGGAGAGCUGAGCGAGAUAUACCACACCUGAAGUACCCAAGCAGGACACGAUCCCUUUCUCCAUCAUCACCCUCAUCUCAGCAUCAACUUUUUUCUGAGUCAGAAGACAUACUUUGCAGUAAUGGAAAAGGCCAAAUGAAAAAAAUUCGCAACAAGUUGCAAAAAGAAAAGGAUGAAAGAACACAAGAAGCAAAGAUGGUUGCUAAAGCUUAUGAAAAUGAACUAAGAAUUUAUGAAGCUCGGGAGAGGCUUAGACUUUCCAAACUCAGAGAAGAAGUCAAGGAACUGGAACAAGAAUACAAGGAAAACAUCUUUAAAGAAUCUCCAAAAAUCCCUCAGCCAGUGAGAGUUUAUUCUAGAAAAACCACACCUAGGAAUCCCAGAUACAGCCAGUGGAUUCCAAAACGAGGGACUGUGAAGCCAAAGAAAGCAGCUCCAAUGAAAGUCAGGGAUGAUGACCUCCUGGUUCAGCUACUGGAAGAGUUUCCCCACCUGCAUAUUUCCCAGCACACUAUGAACAAAAUGUGGCAGCAGCAGCUCGCACAGACUGAACGGCUUAAAGCAGCUUCUGGCAAGGCUAGACUCAAACUCCAAAAUGAAGUUCAACAAGCCUUGAAGAAGCAUGAGCUUCUUGUUGCAAUUAUUAAAAAAGAUCGAGACCAUAACAAGAGACUGCAAGAAUUAAAGCAACGUAUCUACCGCCAGAAAUGGACUCAGAGUAAGGUGAGAGAGAAACGCCAGCAAGUUGUUAGAGCCAGGAAAUACUAUGAAGAUUACCGUGUCCAGCUGCGUGCCAAGAUGAUGCGGGCUAGGACAAGGGAAGAAAGGAUAUUUAAAAACUUAUUUGAAGAAGGCUUAGAAAUUCAGAAGCAAAGACUGAAGGACCUGAGAGCAUACGCUCAAGAGAUGCGUGCUGAGCAAAGAAGAGAGCAUCAAAAUGAGCUGGAGUCCAUGGAGAACUAUUACAGAGAUCAGUUCUCCAUGCUAGCAGAAGCUUUAUCUCAAGAACGCCAAGAAAUCCAAACCAGAGAGAAAGCACAAGCACAAAUGCUGCAGAAAGCCAAAAGAGAACUGAGGUCAAGAAUGGAAAAAGAAAUACAACAACUGCAAACAGCAAUAAUGCAAAAUGAUGAUGAAACUUUUUUUCAAGAACUGGAGGCAGACAGACUCAGAUCUAGACUUCAGAUGGCUUCCUUUCAGUACAACAAAAGUGGUUUCUCUUAAGACAUGGUAAAUAGCACUGCAGCUGUCUGCCUGAGCUGGAGGGAGUCUCUGAGAACUGCUGUGACAGGAAGGUGGUGUGUAGCUGUUGUUCUGUAAGAUCAGAUCUGUCAUCUCAAUGUGCCAGAGGCGUAGUUGUUGGUACCUGGAACUUUGAGCGCUUUUAUGAUUAAUAAAGUUUUAAACUACUUUCUA